AUGGGUGGAUUACUGCAAGGUUUCGACGUUUCUAGUCUAUCAGCAAUCAUUGGGACUGAUCAGUACAAGAUUUACUUCAACAACCCAUCAUCUGUAAAACAGGGUGGCAUAACUGCGUCCAUGGCCGGGGGUUCCCUCCUCGGGGCGUUGUUCUCUUCAUGGACUGGUGAUCGCUACGGACGUCGCGACUCCCUCUUCGUCGCCUGCUGCAUCUGGAUCGUUGGGUCGGCACUGAUGUGCGCUGUGCAGAAUACGGCCAUGCUGAUCGUCUCCCGCAUCAUUAACGGCUUCGCUGUGGGCAUGCUCACCUCUCAAGGCCCGAUCCUCAUCGCCGAAUUGAGCACCCCUCAGAUUCGUGGCCGUCUCCUCUCACUGCAGCAAUGGAUGAUCACCUGGGGGAUCCUCAUCAUGUAUUUUGUCAGCUUUGGCACAUCAUAUAUCAAUUCAACCGCGUCGUUCCGCCUUCCUUGGGGCCUGCAAAUGAUACCGGGAAUCGUUCUUAUGAUCUUCGUCCCCUUUCUCCCCCGUUCGCCACGCUGGCUCGCGAGUAAAGAUCGCUGGGAUGAAGCCAUCGACAUUCUGGCCGCCCUGCACGCUCGAGGGGAUAGGCACUCUCCCCUGGUCUUAACUGAGGUCCGAGAAAUCAAAGAGAAGAUCGAGAUCGAGCGUCAAUCCAGGACAAUGUCAUGGGCAGAGCUGUUUACCCGGAAAAACAUCAUCCGCGUGCAUUGCGCCAUCUUUGCACACAUCUGGUCACAGUACUCUGGAACUAACGCCAUGAUGUACUACAUUGUCUACAUCUUCCAGAUGGCUGGGCUGAGUGGAAACUUCACCUUGAUUGCUGCAAGCAUCCAAUAUGUCAUCAACGUGGUGAUGACGGUGGCCGAGACGGAAGGUGAUGAUGAUCGGAAGUGUGGACUCAACGGUGUAAAGACUGUAACUUGGGUUGUCAAUGAUGAUUCAGCUAGCAAGGCGAUCAUUGCUUGCAGCUAUCUCUUCAUUGCGACGUUUGCUGUGUCCUGGGGUCCUGCUGGCUGGAUAUAUCCUGCUGAAAUCAUUCCGCUGUACAUCCGUAGCAAAACCGUGUCGUUGGCGACCUUAUUCAAUUGGGCCAUGAACUUCUCGUUGACUUUCUGGACACCGCCCGGCUUUCAGCACAUUCAAUGGAAGGUACACAUCAUUUUCGGCACACUCUGUGUGUGUGCUUUCAUCCACGUAUUUCUCCUCUUUCAGGAGUCCUGUGGUAAGAGUCUGGAACAAAUGGACGAUGUCUUCAACAACGAAAGCGUUUGGGCGUUCAGAGUAAAGUAUAACAGAGCAGAGUUCAGAGAAGCAAUUGAGAGGACAACUGAUGAGGUGAAAGAAGAUUCCAAGGUCCAUGUUGAAAUUGAGGAGCAUCGUGUGUAG